AUGGAAAUCAAGAAUGGGGAUUAUACUAAGAUGUAUUUUGAUAUUGUUUUUGCUGAGAAUUUUCUUUAUGUGUUAAGAGAAAAAGGUUCAGUUGAUAUUUGGGAUUUUAAUCAAGAUAGUUCUUUUCCAAAGAAACAUAUGAGUGUCCAACCUAACGGUCCAACAAAAUUCACAAACUCUAAGAGAUACUACCCAAUUGAGCUAUUUUCUGAUACCCUUUACUUAGCUCUGUCAUCUGAUGAUAUUUUGUUAGUUGUAAGGCACAUCGGUGAAUUUGUUACAGAGGAUGGAAGAGCUAUACAUGAGGGAGAAUGUGAUGACUCUAUUUGUCCCUAUAGAACAGUUAAAUUCGACGUUUACAAAAUGGAUAUGAAUCGCGGAAAUUGGUUAGAAGUUAAAUCUUUGAAUGAUGGCAUUCUACUUCUUGGUGGAAAUCAGUCUUUUUCAGUGUUGGCUAAGGAUCAUCGGGGCUACAAGGCGAAUUCUAUAUACUUCACGGAUGAUUAUUGGGAUCGAGUAAACGAAGAUUAUUUAUAUGGGGGACAUGAUAUGGGUGUGUUCAGCUUGGAAGAUGGAUGUGCCAAACAAUUUUGUGAGAUUGGUUUGCAGAAACUUGAACCACCCCCGUUUUGGGUUUUUCCUGAUUGGUGA